AUGGACGAGAGCCUUCUGUUCGGCAUGGCGAAGGAACACGCCAACUUGUACCAGCAUGACGACCCAUGGGACCUCCCACCAUACUUCCUCCUGAGAAAGAACGAGUGGAAGAGAUUGCGGACACAUUCUGGGUACUGGAAAGAGAAAGAAGAAGAGCUCACCGCCAUCCGUUCGGCUGGAGAGCCGUCGUCCUCCUCCUCCUCCGCCUCACCGUCCUACGUCGGGGUUAGGAAGACCCUAGAGUUUUACCUCAAGGACGGCACGAGGGGCGGAGAGGGCACCAAGACGGAUUGGAUCAUCCACGAGUACCACCACCUCCGCAAGGACGACGACGGAGAGGCCUUGUUUCUCCAGGAGGAUGUGGUGCUUCGUAAGGUAUUCAAGAAAUGCAAAAACAGAACAGAUCACGCCUCCUCUCUUUACAAAGAACUGAAACAAGUACACUGCUCCCGCCGUGAUAAUAACUGUGGAAACAAAUCAGACAUCAUCCUUGAAACGAAGGGAUUAGACCUACCUAAAAUAGCACACAUCAACCAAGCACACUCCUGCCAACAUGCAAACAGCAGUUCCGAUACACCACUGCUCGUUGCAAUUGAGGUGGCGGGAGUCCUUACAAGAUUUGAAAAACUGCUCGUUGCACAUCGGGCGGGAGGCUUUGCAAGCGAAGAACUUGAAGAACUAAUGAUUACAUUGUCUCGAAUAUCGAAGAGGCUGCUUGAGUGGGUGUAUGAACAUUUAGUUGUGCACUGCGGUCCCUAUGGAAAAUCAGAUAAUGUUUCGAAGAAGCAUGGGAAACCAGAUAUUGUUUGGAAGCACUUCACCAAGAUUCGUAGUGCCAAUGAUCCUGAUGAGGUGUACGCAGCGUGCCACCGCUGUGAUAAAGUGCUGAAGGCUCAUCCCAAGAAACAUGGCACGUCUCACCUCAAAAGGCACAUUCUCACAUGCUCAUCAACCUGCACUAAUCCUUCCACUGACGAGGACCGUGAAAUGCUGCACCUUCUCCGCACAGCGCUCGACAAUCCUUACGAGCAACAGAAGAUAGACGUGAAGCUCGACUGUCAAGAGGAUCUCACCCAGCUGGACCCUUGGGAUCUGAAUCUCACCUGCUCCGCCCCCUGGUACGUCACGAGGUCGUCGAACCGGCAGACGCAAGGGGGGCACUGGAAGGAGAUAAACAAGGAGUUCACUGCCAUCCGGAUGGAUCAGAAGGGGUGCUGGAAGCACAUUGACAAGGAGAUCGCCCCGAUCCAAAUGGUGCCGGUGCCGCAGUACAUGGGGCUGAGGAGGACCCUGGAGUUUCACCAUCAGGACGGCAGGAAGAUGGACUGGAUCAUGCUGGAAUACCAACAGCUGGAUGAUAUCCAAUCCCCUGCCCUGUUUCUUCAGGGGGACACGGUGAUUCGCAAGGUAUUCCGCUAUGACAAAGAUGCGGUCUCAUCUGCUUUCAUUGAGUUGGACAGGUGGCUAAAUGGAGAUGAUGAUGACGAGGGGCACUCCAAUGGUGAGGGCGUCAACACUGACACCACCACGCCCAGUGAUUACAUGGACACUCCCUGCUCUGUAUUCACAUUGGGUGAAGGCACGAACACUGAAACUGCCACGUCCAGUAGUGAUUACAUGGACACUCCCGUUGAUAGGAAGCGCAAGAGGACUGGUGCUGCUUCCAGCCGCAAAUCAGAAGUUUGGAUGCACUUCACCAAGAUUCACGACACAGAUUGUGCAGUGGUGUACGUAGUGUGCCACUCCUGUGACAGGGGGUACGGUAGCGGUCGCUCUACGAAUGGCACCUCUCACCUGUGGAGGCACAACAAGAGCUGCACAAGCAAGCGCCGCAGGACAGGAAACGCGAAUGACGCCACCACUGAAUGGGAAGCAGAAAUCUGGCCACUGUUCCUGCUCUUGAAGAACUAUGGAGGUUGUGACUUGUCACUUGUGUUCGUUUCUACUCAAGCACAGCCCUUCAGUUUGUUUUCUAUGUUUCUCUCUAUUAUACAUACUACUAACACUUGUUCUCUGUUUCAGAAACAGAGCAGCAGGGAUGUGCUCAAGCUAGGAGCCAAGGAGAUGGGCCUGCCUGCUGAUGAUUGUUAG